UCUUACGUCACUUCCGCAGUUGAAACAGAAAAACAAGGCUCACUUCUUCCUUCACCCUUAUGGAAGAGAAAACCUCCCAGCUAUUUGAAGAUGCACAUUCUGAGUUCAUAAAACGCAGUUUUAAACCAGCAGAGGAGCUGUAUACAAAGUUUAUCCGCUCCUGCUUACAGUCCAGGGAGUGUGAAGCUGGCAUGUUAGCCAAAGCUUAUAACGACCGCGGACAGAUAAAGUACCUGCGGGUGGAUUUUCAUGAAGCAAUAGAAGACUACACUUCCGCUAUAGAGGCUGACAGCCAAUUUGAAAUCCCUUUCUACAACAGAGGACUUAUCCACUAUAGAUUAGGUUUUUUCAAUGAUGCAAAGAGGGAUUUCCAGCAAGCUCUAAAACUCAAUCCAGAUUUUGAAGAUGCCAAAGUGAGCCUUCAACAGACACUUCUGGAUCAGCAGCAGAAGAUAAACAGGGGAUACUGACAUCUACUUAAAGUGCAAAGACGCACUCCGAAACACAAGGAGAAACGGGCUUUUUGAGGGAAUCGACCAGUGGAAUCUAUUACAUGAAUAUAAAGGGUUUGGACAAUGAAACUGAGUAGCAUCUCAUUUUAGUGUGGGGGGUUUCAUGGCUAAAUUGGACCAGUCUGGUGGCCA